ACAAUGUCCUUUCGACCUUUCGUAUGACAUUGGGUUUUCAACUUUUCAUUAUCCUUAGACAUUAAGACCUUAAGUAUAUAUAUAUUACCUGAAAAUUAAACCAUCAUGAAAAAUUGAAGAACUUUCUUGUACUACUAUGGCGAAUUCUACAGUGAUGGUGUUGAAAUCAGUGUUCAUAGUAUUGGGAAGUGUGAUGGUUGUCACUCUUCUCUAUACUCUCGCCAUUGAUGGCCUUCCUUUCCGUAAAGACCUCCUCACCCCGUGGAUGAACGCAACUUUGCUGGACUUUUACAUUAAUAUCUUAGUGUUGGCGGUAUGGGUUAUCUACAAGGAAUCAAGUUGGCUUGCAGCAGUCCUUUGGGUAAUUCUUCUGGUAUGUUUUGGGAGUAUUACAACUUGUGCAUACGUUACCAUUCAACUAUUCAAGCUUACAACUGAAGAAUCCGCUAACGAUCCUAUGUAUCAUCUUCUUUUGCGGCACCAGGACACCAAGAAGGCUGCAAGUGGGAGUUCCUUUCAACAGAUCUCUGCAACAAUUGUUUUCAGUGUUCUGGGCUGUCUCAUGCUUGGUACCUUGCUUUACACUCUCUUGACUUAUGGCUCACCAUUCAAUAAGGAGAUUUUCAUACCGUGGAUGGUAGCAACGCUAAUUGAUUUCUACAUCAAUGUUACAGUUUUAUCAGUUUGGGUUGGCUACAAGGAACCAAAUUGGUUUGUUACAUUUACAUGGAUCGUUUUACUAAUAUGCUUUGGCAGUAUCGUGACCUGUGGAUAUGUCGUGCGGCAGUUGCUUCUGCUCUCUCCUCAUGAUCCCUUGUAUCUUGUUCUGUUGAACAAUCGUCAAAGGGCAGAAAGCAAGUAUGAGACGACAUCAGGGUGAAUCAAAGGUUAUAAACAAUCUUCUCAUCCUGGGACUCAAAAACCAAAAAUGUUUCUCCAGAUACUGGCUGGACUCUUGUCCCGGGGGGAUGAGGUGGACCUAUGCUUGUAGGUGUUCCCGCCUGUAGCUCAUUGAAUAUGUAAUUUGUUACAUUUGUUAGUUGUUUGUGCAAUAUGUAGUUGGAAGUUAUGUAAAUCAAAUUGUAUAUCCCAUAAAGUUGUAUAUGUCUCACUAUGUGUAUAUGAUUCGUGUUGUUUUUCAAUUUGACUAUAAAUUCUCAUUUGUAUAGCUAUUAAAAUAAUAUCAUGUGAGAUUUUGUUGGAUCAAGGUCGUCGAAUCUUUCUAUUAUUUUAUCAAACAUUUAAUUUUUGUUUA